AUUCAUGAACGAGGACGCUACCGACGAAUGUGUUAGAGAAAUUUUAGGAACGAGUGCGGACACAAAACCAUGUGAAGUUUCUGACGCAUGCGUAAAACUUAUGACGACGCCAGGCUAUGAGAUGUAUACAUUGUCGCACCAAGUAUUCUAUUUAGAAAUUGUGCAACAGGAAGGUUGUGCAACGCAAAUGGUUCAACGAAUGAAAAAUGAUGGUGUCGACAUUGACCCAGAUAUAAUGAUGAAAACCUUUUGUACAAAUAUGCUGAAAGAUGCAGAACAUAUUGCCGAUGGUGGGUUUCCUAGCAACAAGCAAGAUCUGUUCCUGGAGGAAGCGUUGCUAUGUGGGUUGGAUGGUUACCGAGAAUUUUACCGUCCACAAUGGCUGGAUCAUAUUCUACAUUGGCAGGACAGCAGCGGAUGCUUUAAAAGCAGCUAUACUACAGACUUCGCCCAUCAAGACACCAACGACGAAAACAAAGUGAAAAGGAGAGAGAAAAUAUUAGAAGAUGGAUGUUCAUCUCACAAGACCGCUGUUGCCAUAGGAACACUGGGUGGAUACGUCAGGUACAUCAUGGAAGCUAUGAUAUAGAGGCAAUGACGUCACAUCAUCAAUAAAAUGCCAUCACCG